UCCGGCGGCAGCGGCGGCUCUCGGCGGCCGCCCCCCUCCUCCUCGGCGCGGACCAUGUUCGCCAAAGGGAAGGGCUCGGCGGUGCCCUCGGACGGGCAGGCGCGGGAGAAGCUGGCGCUGUACGUCUACGAGUACCUGCUGCACGUCGGCGCCCAGAAGUCUGCGCAGACCUUCCUGUCCGAGAUCCGGUGGGAGAAGAACAUCACGCUGGGCGAGCCCCCCGGCUUCCUGCACUCCUGGUGGUGUGUGUUUUGGGACCUGUACUGCGCAGCUCCCGAAAGGCGAGACACUUGUGAACAUUCGAGUGAAGCCAAAGCCUUUCAUGACUACAGCGCAGCUGCUGCCCCGAGUCCCGUGCUUGGAAACAUUCCCCCGAAUGACGGGAUGCCCGGGGGCCCCAUCCCGCCCGGGUUCUUCCAGGGACCGCCUGGGUCACAGCCCUCGCCACACGCACAGCCUCCACCCCACAAUCCUAACAGCAUGAUGGGACCCCACAGUCAGCCGUUCAUGUCGCCGCGCUACGCCGGAGGUCCCCGGCCCCCCAUCAGGAUGGGCAACCAGCCCCCGGGUGCUGUUCCUGGUACACAGCCAUUGCUGCCCAAUUCGAUGGAUCCCACGCGACAGCAAGGGCACCCUAACAUGGGCGGCCCCAUGCAAAGGAUGAAUCCUCCGCGAGGGAUGGGCCCCAUGGGUCCCGGUCCACAGAACUACGGCAGCGGCAUGAGACCUCCACCCAACUCCCUAGGUCCUGGCAUGCCUGGAAUUAACAUGGGGCCGGGCGCUGGCAGACCGUGGCCGAACCCCAGCAGUGCUAACUCAAUCCCAUACUCUUCUUCAUCGCCUGGUACAUACGUGGGUCCGCCCGGCGGUGGUGGCCCUCCAGGGACACCCAUCAUGCCCAGUCCUGCAGAUUCAACAAAUUCAAGUGACAACAUCUACACAAUGAUUAAUCCAGUACCGCCCGCAGGCAGUCGAUCGAAUUUCCCGAUGGGCCCCGGCUCUGACGGCCCCAUGGGCGGCAUGGGCGGGAUGGAGCCCCAUCACAUGAACGGAUCAUUAGGGUCAGGAGACAUAGAUGGACUUCCAAAAAAUUCUCCAAACAACAUAAGUGGCAUUAGCAAUCCCCCGGGCACUCCAAGAGACGACGGGGAGCUGGGAGGCAACUUUCUCCAUUCCUUCCAAAAUGACAAUUAUUCCCCCAGCAUGACGAUGAGUGUGUGAUUUCCCUCCCCCUCCUCCUCUCCAGGAUCAAGAGAGUCAGCUGCCGUUCGGAGGAUCUCAACGAAUUAUGCAAGAAGAAGAAGAAGAAGAAGAAGCUAGGUGUAUGGGCAGGGACACGCGUGGCGGGGGCCAAAACCCCAGGUUUAGUUUCAUGCAAUAAAAAGGCUGAACUUUUUAUUCCAUAAAACAUGAAGGACAAAACUUAAAAUAUUUCAAGACAUGACAAGACCCUUCUUUGUGCAGAAGGGUUUAUAUAUGUACAUGACACUUCUUUUUGGAAACAAACGGAAGCCUCUAGCACCCAACUCCGAUCUCUUUGCUUUGUUCUUUUAAAUAAAGACAGAAACCGAACCUGUUGUAUGUUUGUGCCGUGCGACACCAGGAAGCUAGUCUAGAUAUGAAAUCAUGUUGUCUCUGUUGUAGUCAUUUUUUUAAAUAAACUGGACAGUUUACAAUGGUGGUUUUCGUUCAGAAGGCCUGUUUUUGGUUUUUUUUCUUUUUUUUUUUUUUUUUUUUGCUUUGUUUUGGGGGUUUUUUUCCCUUGUAUUUUUUUGGGUUGUUUUUUGGUUUUUUUUGUUCAUUUGCAGCACAACGCUUCCUCCUCCAGUUAACAAGAUCUGCUUUGGGGAAGAGACUCCACCACCUCGUUAUAAACUUGUUAACGCAGGUGACCCCUUCUAGGAUCACAUCCUCGAAUGAAUCGUGAUCUUGCUCUCUGUGACUGUGGCAUGCACUGUGUUAGUCUUUCCCCCCCCUCUGAGUACAAGAAGAAAUCUCUUGUCCCUCCUUUCCCCAGAGUCCUUCAGCUGGUUCACUGCAAAAAUUGAUUUUUUUAAUAAUUUUUUUUAAAAAUCCACUGGAGAAAAAAAAAAGAGGGUUAAUCUGACCUGGGACUUUGAAUCUGUGAUCUCCAGCUAACUUUGGGAUUUUCUGGGGGUUUUAUUUGCUUUGGGGGUAUUUUGCAGGGGGGGUUUAUUUUCUUUAGAGAUGUGCUCUUGUCAGGAUUUCACUUAUCUAUGAUUUGGAACUGGAUGGAGAUAUUUUUUAAGGAAUUCUUGUUGUUAAAAUGUAACCUUGCUAUUCUGUAGGCUCGCUCUGUAAUAAGAAAAUAAAAAUUAAUGGCAAGCAUCGAAGGCCCUUCCUUCUGGUGGGAGAGGAAGGGACGAGCCAAGGCGGCGGGUUGGGAUCUCUGUACAUGACACUACCCUGUAGUUUGGUCUUGGUUUUUCUCCAGCUCCCAUUUCUGCUCCAUGUAUAUCAUAUUCUGUAAAAUAUUCUCUCCCUUGGAUUUGACCUUUGUGCGGAUUAUUGAAAGCAUUGUAUCUUGUUUCAGUGUUUUUUCUUACCUUGUAGUCUGGUUCGAAAAUUACCGAGAGGGGAAAAAAAAAAUAAUUAUUAUACAUUGUAGUUUGUGUACGAUAUUUGUUGAUAAUGUUUUAUUAAAGGGAUGUCUUUUUUCCGCA